ACGUGGCUAUUUGGUCUUCUUUCGCCCCUGCAUAAAGCGUUUGCGUACAUUUUCACAAUUUUCAACUCUACUCAGGGCUUCUUAAUAUUCCUCCUUCACUGUGUGAGAAAUUCAGAGAUUAGAUCUCGCUUCAAAAGAAGGAUCAACGCUGUCAACCCAACUGCAGAUGAAGUAACAGGCGUUAAGCGAGCUUCGCAAGUAAAUGAAACAAUCAGCGUGAUACUGCCAAGGAAAUUGAAUGUCCAGCCUCCUAAUAACCAUGAAAGUGGCUUUGGAAUCUCUGAGAUCUGAGUCGUCAUCGUAGUGUUGUUCCUCAGCUUAAAUCUGUGUAUAUCUUAAAUUAAGAAAAUUUUAGGCAAGGACAACCAGCUUCAGAAGGCUCUGAUAGCUUUGUAUCGACCCGAAAAGUAAUAAAAGAAUGUCUCAAGUAAUCGGUAUUUACGGUUUCCUCCUUGUGGAAAAAAGAGCAUUGGAAAUAGUUGUGUUUAGAAGGUCUACAUCCAAGACAUCAGUUUACAGAGUAAUGAAACUAUCGUAAGCCACCACAA